UACUUCGAUGAGAAAGCCAAGGAAGAUCCAGAUUUCUUCUACAGGAUAAGGUUGGACGAUGAGGACCGUGUUAGGAACAUGUAUUGUGUGGAUGGUGCUGCAAGGAGAGCCUACAAACAUUUCCGAGAUUGCAUGUCAUUCGACGCGACGUACCUCACCAAUAUGUACAAGAUGCCAUGCGCUCCGUUCAUAGGAAUAAAUAACCACAAUCAGUUGUUGCAGUUCGGUUGCGGGCUCGUCCGGAACGAAGACACGGAUGGGUACGUUUGGCUGUUCAAGACCUUCUUGGAGUGCAUGGAUGGACUUGCUCCGAUGAACAUAAUAACGAACCAGGAUUUCAGCAUGCGUGCAGGCAUAGAGCAGGUCUUUCCGUUGGUAGUGCACAGGCACUGCAGGUGGCACAUUAUAAGGAAGGCUGAGGAGACGCUAGGACCGUUCUUUGCUGACCGUCCAGAUCUGCACAAGGAAUUCGAGCUGUGGGUGGACCACAGCUUAACGGUGGAGGAGUUUGAAAGGAGCUGGAUGGCCAUGACUGAAACACAUCAAACUACACAGCGCAGCGAGGGGUUCAAUGCUGUUUUGAAGCGGUACGUCAGCCCUGGCAACUCAUUGCUACAGUUUGCCAAGCAGUACACAGCUUUGCAACAAAAAAUUCUGGGAUCUGAGCUACAGCAUGAAGCGAACACUACGCUAAAGCAGCCAAAAUUGCUAACGUACUUACCGAUGGAGAGGCAAAUGAGCAAGAUAUACACCAACAAGAUCUUUAACAAAUUCCAGGAAGAAAUAAAGCGUGCCAGCAUGUUCACGGCUUUCCAGGUGGACGAACCUACGUUCAAGGUGUGUUCUAUUUUGGGCAUGUCAGAUUCGGAACCUGAAGACCCGGACAAAGGAAGGAACUACUUCGUCACAGCCUCGAUAGGCGAAGGCGAGUUCUACUGCCAAUGCUGCAAGUUCGAACGGGACGGCAUUGUGUGCUGUCACAUACUAAAAGUAAUGGACAUGAAUGCUAUGACACGGAUGCCCCGCCAUUUCAUAAGGCGGCGAUGGACUUGGGACGCUGACGACGCGUUGGCGCCGCAGACAACACACGCAGUUCUGGCUAUGCAUGACGAGAGACCAGAGUCAACCAUGGAAGCCGUGAGGCACGUUGUGCUGACAAAGAACUAUGCGGAGCUAAUUGAUGAAGCGUGCAAGAGUGAUGACACAGCGAGAGUCGCAGAAAAACACAGGAAGGCACUGAAAAGAGAGCUUGAUGAGAUCAAGAAGAGGAAAGCCGAGGAAGCCUUACACCGGUUCCCCCGCACAUCAAGCGUGCCUUCAUCCACGGGGCCAUCGUCUGAAACCUCGGAGAUAGGAUCUAGAACAGCUAGCACACAGACCCAGGUCGACCCCAUUUCAGGCGUGGAGGACGAUGCGGCACUGCGGCUCAUCUUGAUGUGGCCAGAACUCGCUGCCUACACGGAGGAGCGGCUCAACAAAGGGGAGAACAUGGUCAUGGAGGAUAUCACGUGCAAACCCAUAUCCAGCGGCCCGGCCAAGACACGUUGUGACACAGCCAUUGGAACAAUUAUUCUGCUAGAGGAGUCAGUGCCAAAUCUACGUCAGAAUAAUGUGAGCUUCAGGAUUGGAGCUGCGACUCGAAGGCGAGUCGUCGCCCCGGCCGCAUGCCCCGUCGCCGUCACGGCCCUCCCCGCCGCCGACCUCGACGAGUUCGUGGAAGAUGGCGGCGGCCGCGACGCCAGCUGUAACGGCAUCAAAAUGGCGGGGCACCGGGAGGAUUGCAAGCCGCGGUGGGAUGGUGGAGCUCUUGAAGGCGGCGGCCUACAGGCACAGUCAGGAUGGCUGGGAUCCGGGGUUGGCGACCGCAGGCUGCGUCCGGUGAUUAUUGUCGGCGUUGGGCUGGCUGAUAUUGGGGACGGUGGCCUGCAGAGGCAUCGGCUGUGA